AUGUCAAACAAAAGAAAACUAACAGAAGAUCAGUUGAGAGAAAUUGCAAACUAUGAUGAGGCGGAAUGGGCAGGUUUUAUUUCUCAAGAUGGCGGUUCUGGUGAAGAAUCCGAUAAUUCAAGCAACAGUGAGGUGUCCGAUGAAAUAGUGGACGAUGAAAAUAACCCCAAUCAACUAUUAGAAGAUGAUGAAUGGACAGACAUCGCUGAAGACCCCCCUACUUUUCCAUUUUCCGAACAAGUGGGACUAAAAAUUGAUUUCACAGACUGUAAUAUUCAAAUUCUUGUGGACUUGUUUUUUAGUGAUGAAUUCUUGAAGUUACUAGUGGAACAAACGAACAUUUAUGCCCGCCAAGAAAUAGGUAAAACACGUACGCGCAAGUCGUCUAGAAUGUUAUCAUGGAAGGACACCGAUAUUAUAGAAAUGAAAAAUUUUCUUGGACUUCUUUUGCACAUGGGUCCAUGUUCUCUUCCACAAAUUUCAUCAUAUUGGAGCACAAGCGUCUUUUACAACAUUCCCUUUUGGAGACAAGUUAUGAGCCGAAACAGAUUUCAAGCUUUAUUGAGAUUUCUGCACUGUUCCGACAAUUCAAUUCCAUCUGAUGAUAGACUAUAUAAAGUUCGACCUAUUUUGACUCAUUUCAAUAAGGUUAUGCGCAAUAACUAUACACCAGGCAAAAACAUCUGCAUUGAUGAGUCGAUGAUGUUGUGGCGAGGAAGACUAUUCUUUCGGCAAUACAUCAAAAAUAAAAAACACAAAUACGGCGUCAAGCUAUACAAAUUAUGCGAGUCUAAUGGUUUAGUUCAAAAGAUAAAAAUUUACUGUGGCAAAUCUGAUAUUCAAGACAAAAAUGUUGGUCAUUCAACUGGGGUAGUGUUACAUCUUAUGAAAGAUUAUCUCAAUAAAGGACACGUUUUACACAUGGAUAACUUUUAUAACUCAGUGAGACUUACUACUUUACUUUCGGAAAUGAAAACAUACCUUUGUGGCACCCUAAGAAGCAACAGAAAGGGAAAUCCAAAAGUUGUCAUCGCUGAAAAGUUGAAAAGAGGAGAGCUUACAUGGAAGCGCAAAGGAACAGUGGUAGUUUGUAAAUGGAAGGACAAGAGAGAUGUUCUUGUUAUUUCAAACAAACACAAAGUCGACAUGGAGCUUGUGCGCAACCGCAAUGGAAAAACUUCUCUGAAGCCGAAUAUAGUUAGCGAUUACAAUAAUGGGAUGUCUGGUGUAGAUCGAUCAGAUCAAAUGCUUUCUUAUUAUUCCGCCCUGAGAAAGACAAUAAGAUGGCACAAGAAAGUUGCUUUACAUAUAUUUGAAAUAUAUAUUCACAACGCAUACAUAAUCUAUCGGAACGCAACUUCUUCAAAAAUUACCUCUCUACAAUUCAGAGAAAAGGUUGUUGAGAGUUUGCUUGGCGAAAAUAUGCCUAAGCCGAAUAAAAAGCCCAAUCCUGGAUCAUUUCAUUAUUUGGAGAGUUUACCCCCAACUGAAAAGAAAAACCGGCCAUCAAAACCUUGCAGAGUGUGCACCGCCAACAAAAAACGUCGUGAGACACGUUACUUCUGUCCAGUGUGUGAAGAAAAACCUGCUCUUUGCGUGGAAAAUUGUUUUAAAGCUUAUCACACGUAA